AGCGCGUCCCCCUCGCGCCCCCGGCGCCCCUCGCCGACCGUUGGUCUCACCACGGGAAUGAUAGUUCCCCCACAUUGCGGCCGGCAUCCCCUCCACUCGGGCCGUCGCGCCGCGCCGCGCCGCGCCGCGCCGCGCCGCGCCGCGUUUCAGAGUCCUGCUCAGUCGGUUAGGAUUCAGUUCGUGGUGCGCCGUCGUCGGACGAGGAGGUGUCGUGUCGGAGGCGCGCGGAAAGACCUUUUUCGCGGUGGUGUUUCGGGCUGUUUCGCUCCCGAGGUUCGCGAGAGCGAGCGAGCGUGAUGCGCGCGCUCUAGAGCGGGGCGGGGAAAGAGAGAGUGUUGUAUCGCGCGCGAUUAAGUACCGUCGCGCGCGCGUGCGUGCGUACGACACGCGUGUGCGUGCGUGACGUGCGUCGUGCACGCGAGUGUCUCCGCCUCCGUGACGCUCCUCGGGCCACGGUGUGCGCGUGUGUCGCGUUACAUACUACGUCGCGCGCGUGUGUGUCUCUCCGCAGCCCGCGGUCUCGAUAUCGCCGUGGCUUCUGCUCUCCGCGCUUCUACGGCCGCUCUCGUGCACAGACGCGCGCGCGCACACACACACACGUACGGCACACACCACCGAUCGAGCGCGCGCGCGCGCGCGCGCGCCCGCAUGUACACGCGCGCGUGACACGUACACGGCAACAACACGACGUGGAGGCAUGACAGCGACGCGGGAGUGUUACCCCAUACGGUUCUUCUCGGUGCACGUCGAUCGGUUCGGCCAGUGAUCUUGCGAGAGAGGUGAGAAGACAGCUGGCUGGCUGCGCCCAGCGUCGCGCGCGCGCGCGCGCUCACGCCAGGAAGGAACCUCCUCGUGUCAGAAGCGUGAGGACGACGACGACGACGACGACGACGACGACAACAACGGCGAGGAGGAGGAGAAGGCGCAGGAGGGGGAAGGGAAAUACCGCCGGACGAGAGAGCAAGUGACAAAGGGGAGAGAGAAAGCGGGAGGACAGGCUCGAGCGAGAGUAAAGAAGGACAGACGGAGGAUGAAUGGCCCCGGGAGUCAUCAGCACCGCGGCUUGGGCAUGCAGGGACGUUACAGAGCCGCGGUGACCAAUGGCGCCCCGACGGGGCCGCACGCGCGCACCCCCGCGUCGUCUCAUUCCCGCAAUGGUGGAUGGCACCCCCACGGUCUGCAUCAGCAGCAGCACCAGCCUCCGCAGCAGCAGCAGCAGCAGCAGCAGCAGCAGCAACAGCAGCAGCAGCAGCAACAGCAGCAGCAACAGCAGCAGCAGCAGCAAUUCGCCGCCGGCAGCAAGGAAUACCCGUACCGGCAGUGCCCACCACGAUAUCACAAUGGGGAUUGCCCCGGGGUCGGCACGUCCUCCGGACCGACCGGCAAGGAGGUCUCCUAUCACGGGAACGUGGGUGGAAGCAGCGUGGGAUAUAAACCGCCGCCGCAGCACAGCCCACAGACGAGGGGCCCGUCGCCGCACUUCCCCCAGGAACCGGUAGGCCCGCCGGCCAACUCCCCGCCGUUGCACAUCAAUAUCUGUGGACAGGAAAAUACGAUGCGCGGCCCUAUACUGAACAUAAGUCCCGGCCUCGGCGCCAGCGGAGUAGACAUGGAGUACCGCAGGAACUCUCAAGCCACGAACCAGCUACCUCUGAGCCCUGUGCAGAUCCAACCAUCGCCGCCUUACUACAGGCAGCCUAGUCAGGACGAUGGCAGAAAAAGCGAGUCGCCGUCUAGGAAGCGUCGCCGAAUAUCUCGCAACGGCGCCGUGUCCGGGAUAGAGGUCCGGGAAACGCCGCCGCCAGCGCCGACGCCACCCCUGCACACUCCGCCGCCUUGGGAAUUCGGAGGCGCGCCACAACGGCGCUCGCCCCGCAAUCACAUAUCCACCCGCGGCAUUUCGACGGUCAGGAAUCAACGUUACCAGCGAUACGCGGACUCAAUGGGGUUCUCCUAUCCGUUCAUGGGUCACAAUCCCCACCAGAGUAUCCACAAUUCCCAUCACGGCCUUCACAAUUCGCAUCACAACAUCCACGGCUCCCACCCGCACGGUCUGCACAAUUCCCACCACAACAUCCACAACCCGCACCAGGCGCAUCCCCAUCCGCAUCCGGCGGCCAGUGGUACGGGGCACCAUCCCGCGCAGGGUGCGAACGCGCCCGUGGUCGUCGACGUCGGCCAAGUCGGCGUGUCCGGCCUAGGAGUCGCCGUUGGCGGCGAGCCGCUGUGGCAUCCUCAGGCGACUGGCUACAGGAUUCCGUGUCAGCUUCACAGCCUCUACUCGCCUCACGGAACGCAUCCGUUUGGACACUCGUGCCAGGUGACGCCUCAUCACAGUCAUUAUUCCGCUGCCCAUGCAACGCAUCCGACUCACGGAAUUGUCAGUUCUCUGGUGGGUGCCGCUCCCAGAGGAUACGCACCACCAGCCGGUGGUGUCGCAGGGCUGCACACCGCGGGUCCACCGGCCGUCCACACCGAUUACACCGCGCAUCAUCAAUUGUCCCAGCAGAGAGAAGUCGAGCUCGAACUGAUAGAGUCUCAUCAUCACCACAGAGUGGGCGCCGCGGCUGGUGCGCCAUUGCCGUUACCACAUUCUUAUUCCCCACCGGCUCUCGCGCAGGUACCGACACCGCCGCCCAUAUUCCUGUCAGAGACGCGAAACAGUCAAUUGGAGAUCGUACAGAACAGAAACCGACGACUAACGUCCAACGUUCUGCGACGGCCGCGAUUCGGUAGAUGGAGGAACACGACUCAAUUACCAAUGGCUUAUCCAGGCUAUUUACUACACUUCUUAGCGAUGUUCAGCAAUCCACCGCUGUCGCCCUAUAAUCAGGCCGAACUGUCCUCGCCCGAGUCGGUCACGGAGAACUACGAGGCACUGCUGUCCUUGGCCGAGAGGCUGGGCGAGGCCAAGCCGCGGGGUUUGACUCGCGCGGAAGUCGAACAGCUGCCCUCCUACAAAUUCAACGCGGAAACACACCAGGGCGAUCAAACCAACUGCGUCGUGUGCAUGUGCGAUUUCGAGGCCCUCCAAUCUCUACGUGUUCUGCCGUGCUCCCACGAGUUUCAUUCUAAGUGCAUCGACAAGUGGCUUAAGUCCAACCGAACAUGUCCGAUAUGCCGCGGCGACGCCGGCGAGUAUUUCGGAAAUAGCAGCAGCAGCUCUGACUGACGCCAAGCCGGCGAUGUACACUAGCGCGAAACGCCACAGCCAUCGAGAACAUUACUACUGCGCGUUACGGGAAUGCCGGUCGUCGCGUUGCUGCUGUUUCACGCGAAUCCGUGCCGUUGAAUGUCCGCGUCAUCCUAGCUGGGAUACGGGCCGUCGAUGCAAGGUGUUCACGGUCGGUGAUUAAGAAUCAUACUUGCGACCGUUGAGUAUAACGACGCUGAAACUGGCUGAAAGUGACGAGAAUAGUUGUGAACGUACGACCUCAUUGUAUCGGAGUGUCGCGCGUAAUGCGGAGGAUAUCAAGCCCAGGGAAACGGCGCAGCGUCUUUCCGAAUAGCGAGACGCGAUAAAAAGCAAUUUAGCAAAACGACGAAGUAGUCAAGAGAUUCAACGUUCCGUUAGGUUACGGCGCAUUUCCUAUCAAAAAGAAAGAACAAGUCGGAGUCGGAUAUUUACUUGGUUCUCGUUUAUAACGCUUCAAUUAAUGUUUUAACGCUCAUUAAUUAUUUGUAUUGCUACUCUGCAUUAUCGAAUUUAUGUACAUAAAAAUAGCUGUAUACGCAGACAUCGCAACUUUCCAUUAACGUUCCAUUUUUUUUUAUAGUUUGUCUUUCAAUCUGGUAAUUGUAUAUAUUUGCAUAAACACCCUUAUACAUAUACGUGUGCGCGUACAAAACCAGUGUUAGUUUUGUUUGGACUUAACCAAAAUGUAGAACACAAAUUCUUUUGCAAUAAAAAAAAAGUGUUUAUCGUCAGGUAAGGGAAAAAAAUUGUAACUUCCUACUGUUAUAGGCUCUUGUGUCUUUGUAGUAUAUAUGUAUAUGUAUAUAUACAUAUAUACUACUUUGUAGUAUACAUGUAUAUAUACAUAUAUAGACCAGCUAAUUAUUUUAUUAUAUUAUAGAAAUGUAUGUAAGUAAAAUUAAAGUUAGUUGGCACCUUAAGUGCCGGUAGGUAGAAAUUGUUGGAUUAUUGCACCAGAUGCCACGUAACUAUUUUAUAAAAUAUCUGUAGGUCCGUGUUUAAUCCGAAAUUCGUUUACUCUCUCUCGUGCGGCAAUUAAUUAUUUUUUACCUAAAGCGUGCUCUAACGUGUGAUUACGAUUAUUAUGCUGUGCACUUGGCCAAGUCUGAUUUAAGUGAUUUACAUUCAAACGCGCGCGCGCGAAUUUCGGAGAGGAGGAUUGCUUUCAACCGCGAGAGAGACGACCUGGCGCGUGACGGUCGGAAUGACACACCCAAAAAGGAAGAAAACGAAAAUGGGGGAAAAAAAGUAACGUAAGAAUAUAUCGCUUCUGUUUCCUGCGUAUCUACCUCUAAUAGAAGAAAACGAGACGAUUCAUAUUUUUUUAUAUACACAUCUCAUAAACAAUAAACAUACCUAUGAUAAGUGAAUGGGAGAGCGACCGGCUAGGAAACGAGGUCUAGAUAUUUCGACAAAUUCGAAGAAUGACAAAUAAGGCGAACUGUAGAAUAAACUUCUGGAAAUAACCAUAACAGGCCCAUAAAUACAAUAUGCGAAUAUAGACCCGCAAUUGAAAAAUUUUCCUUGAUGGAGAUAUGUUAAAUUUUUCAAUUGGAAUUGAAAAUACGUUCCACGCGGUACACAUUCGCGGGAAGGCGGCGGUUACAGCGUAGAUUUCGCCACGAACACAAGUUGUGCGCUUUUUAGUUGAUUAUAUAAACGCUUCCUUAUUUACAUGUAUUUGUGCACCAGUGUUGGUGGAUCGAGAAGAUUUGUUUAUGAGUCUUGUUAUUUUUAAGAUGUUCAAUAUACAUUGUUAGAUAGCGUAUGUUAUAUUAUUGGCACAAUAUGAAUUGUUGAAAGUAGUUUCUUAUGUUUCAAAAUUAAUAAAAUUGAUAAGUAUAUAUGUACAUAUAUACUUAUAGAAGUACGUAUAUACUUAUAGAAGUAUAUAUGUACAUAUAUACAUAUAUAUAACAUGCAUGUCGUUUCGGCCGAUUUAUUGGCGUUUACGUUUUUUUUUUUUUCACUCGAUACGCUCCUUUCUAACGAGCAAGCACUCCCGUUCCAAUCUGAGAUAAUCAAAGAGAGAGAAGUUCGAAUACGCGCUCGCUGUGAAGACUCGAUAGUCAUUUCCAAGGUAUAAACUUGCGAAGAUUAAAAUGCGGCUCAUUGCGAGGUCAACAAUCGCAAAAGACGAGCUCCAUGAGCGAAAUGCAAUUGGCUAUCUGCCCGAAUGAUGAAAUUUACUCGAUGGAUGCUGCGCGUGUCGAGUUGCGUGCAUGUUGCGUGCGUGCGUGCGUGCGUGCGUGCGUUUGUGCGGAGGAAGAUUUGCUAAGAUGCGUUUGCCUCUGUACGUUUAUUUUUCUCAGAUGUAACGACGCAAGUCGCGCGAGAAAGUGUUUUUACCUGCGUGCAGAUCCACUAAGUGCGUUGACGUGAUGCGUUUCGUGAUUUAAGCUGCAAUAUAGCGUUAAUUACGGUAUUGAGCGAGAGGAGUGCUGUAAUAACGCGCGACCAGCCUCACGAAUCCACGCAAUUGCAAUUACCUGUUUCUCAUCGUUUGCGUGAGGUGGGCCCGUUUAACCGCGCUCGAGAGGACCGACGUUCACCCGGGGUGAAUUGUUGUCAAUUCGGGAAAGAAAAUUCGCUCGACAGUCGGCCGGAAUGCUGUUUUCCGGAGAGCCCCUAUCCCGCCGAAACACGCGUGUCGCGUAGUCGAAGCUCCCUUACAUUUCAAGCACUCGGAUCCACCUUCGCCAAUGCAGAUUAACUUUAAUCUCGGUUUAACGCGUCUUUUAUCUUUUUCUAAUUCUUAGAACUGGAUGAAAAACUGAAAGGCAAGUCAAGCCGAGAUUGAAAUUAAUCUACGAUUGAAAUUAAUGGACAUUGGAAAGAGGAAAAAGCGCAGGGAACGUGCGGGAGGCGCCUCCGUUCCUCCUUUAUCCCGCCGACUUCUCAUUGCGUGCCUUUCACACCGACCGACCUCGUCGCGAGAACGCACGUGCUUGUUUAAAGGGACCUCGAGCGAUCCGCCGUGCCACACGUUUCUGUGCGGAGCACAGGCGAAAAGGGAGAAUUUAACAGCGUCGACGUUAACGGCGACACUCCGUUCGAUGUUUCCGCGAACGCGUUAAUAACUCCCCGAAAAUAAGACCUCUCGGGACCCACUCGGCGUCUGGUUCAGCGCUAAACUCGGCUCAUUCCAGAUGGUACAUGGUGGUUCAUAUACGUUUUAUAUAAUAUAUAUUUCUUAAACGCAUCCAAUGUUUUAUAAACGUUUAGGAAACGUAUAAGGGAAACGUAUACCAACAUGUUUCAUUUGGGAUCCAGUUCGGAUGAACUUGGUACGAGCGUGGGGCGAAGAAAAUGCAAACCGGGGUGGAGUUUAGCUACACGUUCGGCGUUUAAAUGUGCGGUGAACACGUGAACACGGGGGUCUCCUACGAAGCAGCAUCCCUACGCGCGUCGUAGUCGCAUCGGCGAGAACGAGCGAACGUGCACACGUGUGCGGUCCGCCGUUGUGUCGUGAAACGGCACAGCGAGGUACCUCGGCGACUCCUCUCAGCACCGUCUUAAUUUCAAAUUCCCUUUCUUCUGCGUAUGCGCGCCUGUAACGAGAGGUUCUGUCGCAGGCUGACAUGGCAAUAACGAAAUUUUAAGUUUCGUUGUACAAAGAUUCUCGGAGGAUCAAUAUUUAUUUACGAUCGAAAUUCCGUCGCAAACCAAUUAUAAUAUUUAAUAUAUAUUAUAUAAUAUAUUUAUAAUAUAUAUUAUAUAUAAAUGCCAUGUGUGAUUUACUAUCAUGUGGAAUUAUUUGUGUAAAAUUGUAAAUUAUUAUACUUGUAUAUACUGCGUACAAUUCGUCGUGUGCUUACAGUUUUCGUGAAACUGUUUUCUUAACCGAUUAGUUUUCUCGGAGGCUCACCGCUCACUCUUACUUUUCGUCCCGUCUGCAAAUAUUGAUCAUCCGAGCCCACCUCUCGAAAAACUCGACGUAACUCGUCCGCGCUCUACCGCAUAUACGUAACGAUAUUAUACUACAUAUACUUUCUAGUAGUGUCUAGUUUCUAGUGUCAUACGGGUCCUAACUUGUUGUCGCGUGUGCCGCGGGAAAGCGCCAGAAUUCUAUACCCUACAGGAAUAUCAAAAGUCUUGCGACAAGGCGACGAGCGAGCGAGCGAGCGAGCGAGCGAGCGUGUGUGCUAAGAAAGCCGCUGUUGAUCCUUCCUAGAUGCGUAAGAAGACAUAUCAUUUCUUUUUCCAUUGCGCUGAGAAAGACACGCUGUCUCGCGUACCGCGCUUUCUCUCCCUCUUUCUCUCUUUCUCCUCGGUGACGGGCGAGAGGCGAAAGGAAAAGCCAAAGACGGCUCGUUUUCAACUAGCUCGAGCCUAUGCAAAACCAACAGGACUGCUUUAACGGGAACGAACGUUCGACGGGCAGAAGACAACUUGCCGGUCGCGCGUGACGUCCCAGAUAACACGCGAUGCUUCGUAUCACGUUUUAUGUAUAUUUCCUAAACGUAACUAAUGUUUCGCAAAUGUUUAGGAAACGCGUUGGAAAGACCAGCAUGUGCUACUUUGGGUGCAAAGACUCGGUGACCGUCGUGGGUCCCGCGUUUGAGCGAACGUAAAGUAGAUCCGGAGCCAUCGAACAAAUCGAGUAAAAUUGCUCUGUCGUUAGCCGUCUCUUUCGCGAUCGUUCCCGAGCUUCUUCGCAAAUAUUUUUCACACUUGUAUACCUUCACGAGCCUCGCGUGUUUCGUUCCACUAAUCUGUGAAUUUAUUUGUUCGAGUCGCGGGACUGCGAUCGCGAAAACGGCCGAGGUUGUCGCGUGAGAAGAAACGACGCGUGAAUUUUCUGAAUCGAGAAUAGCGAUACGCUCGGUAAACGUCAGCAUAAAUCAUCAAUAUAAUUUCCUAUUCAACUACGUGACCGUUGUGCACAUGUUACAUUUAUGUUGCUGAGUAAAAAAUUAUAAUAUUGAUGUUAUGCAACUGUUGGUCUUUACUGCGGACUGACGUGACGGAUAUCGCUGGGUUUUCUUUAAUUGCAGUCCUGGUCUGUCUAACCCGUUCCUCGGCAAUCCUAGAUUAAGAUGACGUAAUUGAUCAUUAAUUCGUACCCUCAAACGCACUUUAUGAGGACAUCAGUUCGCAGCUCGAGGGACCUCGGUGAGAAAUGAUUCGUCGAAACGAUCGCCAUCGCUUCGACGUCAAUCGAUGAAUCAUUUCUCGCUGGGACGCAAUUCCCAGAACUUCUUACGAGACGAACCUGACGAAAUUGUUCGGAAUUACGCCCUGCAUUUUCCGGGAGAGAACUUCACCCUGUGCAGACAGUGGAGCUUCGCUCUCGGAAUGUAUUUCUAUUAUUAACGAGCUAAAGCGCGAAACAAAGUAACUCUCCGUCCCCGUUUGAGAAAUCGAUCGUUAGACAGUGAUUACUUCGUUGGCGGACUGGCAAAUCUCCGCGAGUGUUUUUAAAUCCGCCGAGCCUGUAUGUAUGAGUAAAUACGGAUACACGCGUUAGAGAUUACUCGAUAUUUAUUCCAGGAAAGGCUCGCACCAGAAAUAAGUAGGUACGCGGUCUCCCUUUUUUUUUUCUUGGACACCCAACGCAUCUUUUUCUCAGAUAAACGGCUUUUAUCCUGAAAUAAACACGCUCCGUGCCUGCGUUUUACGAAUAA